GUACCACCCCUCGAACACGCCCAUCUACCAGACGUCCACGUUCGUGCAGCCGUCCGCCAACGAGUUCGGGGCGUACGACUACACGCGCUCGGGGAACCCCACGCGGACCGCGCUCGAGAAGCACGUUGCGAUGCUGGAGCAGGCGGCCGCGGCCUUCGCGUUCGCGUCAGGCAUGGCGGCGCUCCACACGGUGACGCGCCUCCUGCGGCACGGGGACGAGAUCCUGGCCAAUGAGGACAUCUACGGGGGCAUGCACAGGCUGCUCACCCAGGACGCCGUUUACAGCGGCAUCCAGGUCCGAUUCGUAGACACGACGGACAUCUCCUCCGUGAGCAAUGCCAUCACGCCCAACACGAAGAUGAUCCACUUGGAGAGCCCUUCGAAUCCGCGGAUGCGCAUUACGGACAUCCGUGCCAUCUGCGCCCUCGCGCACAAACACGGGAUACUGGUCAGCGUGGACAGCACGAUGAUGCCCCCGGUCAUCUGCAAGCCGCUCACGCUCGGCGUGGACGUCGUCGUGCACUCGGCGACGAAGUUCUUCUCGGGCCACGCGGACUGCACCGGCGGGCUCGUCUGCGUC